CUUUUUUUUAGGGUUUCCUCAAAACUUUCUCCUUUACCUCUCUCUCUCUCUUCCUCUUUCCGCUUUGAAAUCAAACAAGAAUGGGGAAGAAGAAAACGAAGGCUGCAGAAGAAUCUCAAAACGAUGAAUCUCAGACCCAAACAGGGAUCUUCACCACUCUCUUCUCCGGCGACGUGGCUGAGGCCGGCGAAGCCUCCGGCUUUUCGAGUCUCUUCUCCGAUAACAACCCUUUCCGGCGAAAGAAGCCUGAGCCAAAACCUGAAGAAACCCACGAAGAGGAGGAAACAGUUACGCCCCUGAAGGCGAAGAAACCCAAAAAGGUCAAAACUUUGGUUUCAGAUUCCGACGCCGAGGAGGGUGUUGUGGAAACUGGGUUGGAGUCAAAGAGGAAGAAGAGGAAGAGAGACGAGCUUGAGAACGAUUACGAGGCGAAGAAGUACGGAGCUGUGGAGGAGGAGACGAAGAAGAAGAAGGUUGGUGAGAAGAGGAAGAAGGCUGAUGAUGAAGCAGCGGAGACGAUGGUUUCAAAGGAAGGGUUUGAUGAUGAGAGUAAGCUUCUUAGAACUGUUUUCGUCGGGAACUUACCUUUGAAGGUUAAGAAGAAGGUUGUUUUGAAGGAGUUUAGUAAGUUUGGUGAGGUUGAAUCUGUGAGGAUACGCUCUGUUCCUAUUGUUGAUUCUAAGAGGACGAGGAAAGGAGCUAUUAUGUUGAAGCAAAUCAAUGAGAAAGCAUCAAGUGUUCAUGCUUAUGUUGUGUUUGAGACAGAGCAAUCUGCUGAAGCUUCUUUGGCACUUAACAUGUCUCUGAUUGAUGGGAAUCAUGUCCGUGUUGAUAGAGCAUGUCCACCUCGUAAGAAGCUGAAAGGUCAAGCUCAGGAUACUCUUUUGUAUGAUAAUAAGAGGACUGUCUUUAUAGGCAAUCUCCCUUUCGACGUGAAGGAUGAGGAGGUGUAUCAAUUGUUUACUGGUAAGAACAAUCUGGAGAACAAUUUAGAAGCUGUUCGUGUUAUUAGAGAUCCUCACUUGAACAUUGGAAAAGGAAUAGCUUACGUCUUGUUCAAAACAAAGGAAGCUGCAAAUCUUGUAAUCAAGAAAGGGUAUCUGAAGCUUAGAGAGAGAGAGUUACGUAUCUCUCGAGCCAAGCCUGAUGUAACACCAUCAAAGAGAAAGACCAAUCCUUCUGAAGCUUACUCACCAGCUGAGAAAAGACGAAACAAGGAAAAAGUAGUUACACCAACUGCGACGGGGAAGGCUAAUCUUUCGUAUCAAGGUGUACGAGCUUCAAAAUCUGGUGAUGAUGAUAAGAAGAAGCCUUAUCAGAAAAGUCCUGCGCAGUCUAAGAUGAGACCUAGAAGCAGCAGCAACAGCAAUGAGGGCAACAAGAGUGGUGGUAAUGGUAAUAGUGCUGUGAAGCAGCGAAGUCAGAAGCGGCCAGCGGUUGCUGCAAGAAAAGCGAAAGCAAACGCUAAAGGCUCAAAAGAGAGUGGUGGUAAGAGAUUUGCAGGGACUAAGCGUAAACAAGAAAGCAGAACUCCUGAAAGCUUCUCUAAGAAGAAGAAGCCAAAGCGGGGUUAGGCGGUUUUAGUUAAACCAUAAGAUGUGAUGUGUUCUUCUCCUUUAGCUUUGAUACUUGUCUUGCUUCUGUAUCGUUUUAUGAAACAACAUGAUAUAACUCAGUGUAAUGUUGCAACAAUUUCGGUUAUACUUACAGAGUUUAAAAAAAAGGC